UCCUUUCUGAGAUCUGGUGGUGCGUGCUGCGGAGCUCUUUCCAGUCUGCUCCGUCCUGACUCACCGCUGUUCGCUCCUGCUGAGGAACAAGUCGGUCAGGAAGCCGCGCCUUAGCCAUGGCAUUUAAAGAUACCGGAAAGACGCCUGUGGAGCCUGAAGUGGCGAUUCACCGAAUUCGAAUCACGCUCACCAGCCGCAACGUGAAGUCGCUGGAGAAGGUUUGUGCGGACCUGAUAAGAGGUGCGAAGGAAAAGAAUCUAAAAGUGAAAGGACCGGUGCGCAUGCCUACCAAGACAUUGAGAAUCACUACCAGAAAAACACCUUGUGGCGAAGGUUCCAAGACAUGGGAUCGGUUCCAGAUGAGGAUCCACAAGCGGCUCAUUGAUUUACAUAGUCCCUCCGAGAUUGUUAAGCAGAUCACUUCCAUCAGUAUCGAGCCUGGAGUGGAGGUUGAAGUCACCAUUGCAGAUGCCUGACUCAACUGCUGAAAUAAAUUGACUUAAUUGGUAAAAAUC